CCUUAUUGCUUUUAGCCUGCUGGCUUUAUAUCUAUUUAUUUAUUUAUUUCGCUUUGUCCCCAAGGAGGGGCUGGAAGGAAAUGAAUUUUGAAGCAGCACCUUUCACCACCUUGCCAUACUACCCUGAUCCCUGCAUCCAGCGGUUUGUAGAAACUCCGAGCCCCUUCUCCUGGAAGGAGAGUUACUACCGCUCAGCCAUGUCCCAGAGCUCUCAGCCCAGGGAGUUCCUCAGCCCAGAAGUAAUCCAGCAUAUCUGGGACUUCCUGGAACAGCCAAUAUGCUCGGUUCAGCCAAUUGAUUUGAACUUCAUUGAUGGCCCAUCUGAGGAUGGCUCCACAAACAAAAUUGAGAUCAGCAUGGACUGUGUCCGGGUGCAGGACACUGAGCUCAAUGACCCAAUGUGGCCGCAGUACACGAACCUGGGGCUCCUGAACAGCAUGGACCAGCAGAUCCAGAAUGGCUCUUCCUCCACCAGCCCUUACAACACUGAGCACGCGCAGAACAGCGUCACGGCCCCCUCGCCCUAUGCCCAGCCCAGCUCCACUUUUGACGCCCUCUCUCCCUCCCCAGCCAUCCCGUCCAACACAGACUACCCAGGACCUCACAGCUUCGAUGUAUCAUUUCAACAGUCCAGCACAGCAAAGUCAGCGACAUGGACGUAUUCCACCGAACUGAAAAAGCUCUACUGCCAGAUCGCCAAGACAUGUCCCAUCCAGAUCAAAGUGAUGACCCCACCACCUCAGGGAGCUGUCAUCAGGGCUAUGCCAGUCUACAAGAAAGCUGAACACGUCACUGAAGUGGUCAAACGCUGCCCCAACCACGAGCUGAGCCGGGAGUUCAACGAGGGACAGAUUGCACCUCCCAGCCACCUGAUCAGAGUGGAAGGGAACAGCCAUGCCCAGUAUGUAGAAGACCCCAUCACCGGGAGGCAGAGUGUGCUGGUCCCCUACGAGCCACCCCAGGUCGGUACUGAGUUCACUACAGUCCUGUACAACUUCAUGUGCAACAGCAGCUGUGUUGGAGGGAUGAACCGCCGCCCGAUCCUCAUCAUUGUGACCCUGGAAACCAGAGAUGGGCAAGUCUUGGGCCGCCGGUGUUUCGAAGCCCGCAUUUGUGCUUGCCCAGGCAGAGACCGCAAGGCAGACGAGGACAGCAUCCGCAAGCAGCAAGUGUCUGACAGCACAAAGAAUGGUGAUGGUACGAAGCGCCCUUUUCGACAAGGAACUCAUGGCAUACAGAUGACAUCUAUCAAAAAAAGACGUUCCCCAGAUGAUGAGCUCUUGUACUUGCCUGUGAGGGGUCGGGAGACGUACGAGAUGCUCCUGAAGAUCAAGGAGUCCCUGGAGCUGAUGCAGUACCUUCCCCAGCACACGAUUGAGACCUACCGGCAGCAGCAGCAGCAACAGCACCAGCACUUGCUCCAGAAGCAGACCUCCAUGCAGUCGCAGUCCUCCUAUGGCUCCAACUCUCCACCACUCAGCAAAAUGAACAGCAUGAACAAGCUGCCCUCGGUCAGCCAGCUCAUCAACCCCCAGCAGCGCAAUGCCCUGACCCCAACCACCAUCCCCGACAGCAUGGGAACCAACAUUCCCAUGAUGGGCACCCACAUGGCCAUGACCGGUGACAUGAAUGGCCUCAGCCCCACGCAGGCGCUGCCUCCUCCCCUCUCCAUGCCUUCAACGUCCCACUGCACCCCCCCUCCUCCAUACCCCUCAGACUGCAGCAUCGUCAGCUUCUUAGCGAGGUUGGGCUGCUCAUCCUGUGUGGAUUAUUUCACGACCCAGGGGCUGACCACCAUCUAUCAGAUUGAGCAUUACUCCAUGGAUGAUCUGGUGAGCCUCAAGAUCCCAGAGCAGUUCCGCCAUGCCAUCUGGAAGGGCAUCCUGGACCACCGGCAGCUCCAUGACUUCUCCCCUCCCCACCUGCUGCGCACCCCCAGCGGCGCCUCCACGGUGAGCGUGGGCUCGAGCGAGACGCGCGGGGAGCGGGUCAUCGACGCCGUGCGCUUCACGCUGCGCCAAACCAUCUCCUUCCCGCCCCGCGACGACUGGAAUGACUUCAACUUCGACAUGGACGCCCGGCGCAACAAACAGCAACGCAUCAAAGAGGAGGGGGAGUGAGCCCCGCGGGCCCCCUCCACCCCGCCCCGGCCACGAACUGCUCAGCCCUUCGUUUGUCUUCCUUCUGCUUGGUAUUGCACCCCCGGACAGAGGGCGGAGGGAACCUUCUUGCUCACUCUGCUAGGUCGUGCCCUGGGUGCUGUCUAGCUCGUGCUCCUGGACUGCAGCCUCCACCCCAGCUCUCGCGAGGGGAAGAGCUGAGCCAAGGGGGAAGGCGGGUGGUAUUUCCUUGAAAACCAUUGACCUUCUUGAGAAGGCCAAAUUGUUCUGUGUUUUCCUUUGGGGAGAGGGCUUCUUUUCUCAACUUUUGAAUCUUCACACACCUUGUAGGUGCCCUGACUUGUAAACGUGUUUCUCCCACCCAGCAAUCCCAUUUUGAAAAGCAGGAAGGUUAAAGUAAAAUUCUAAAAAACCAAAAAAAAAACCCCAAAAACUGGAAAAAACCCCAA